AUGCGUUUCUUCACCACAGUCCUUUUUGGCCUGGCCGCUGUCGCCUUCGCACAGCAGAGCUCCGACUCCGCUAGCCAGUCUCCCAGCCGUACAUCUGAGACUACUUCCAGCACCGCUUCUCUGAGUGCUGAACAGCAGUGCAUUCAGGACUGCGGCGAGACCGACAUCUGUUGCAAAGCAGCAUGCGUGAAUGUGCCUUGCCCCAACGCGGUGGCUGUCAAUCAGACUACCGAAUGUGCUGGAAAAUGCACUCAGGGCAAUGGUACACAGGAAGAGACUGAGGCAUACGCUUCGUGCCAGGCCAGCUGCAUUUCUGCUUCUUUCUUCCCGAUCAGCACCGGUACCGCCGGCUCUGGUAGCAACACCGCCUCCGGCGCCGAUGCCACCACCACUGGCGAGAGUGCUACGGGCAUUGGUGCGUCGGCCACAGGCAGCGGCAGCGAAUCAGCAAGUGCGACCGGCAGUGGCAGCUCUGCAAGUGCAAGUGCUACGGGCUCGAGCGGUGCUGCCAAUGUCAAGACUGCAUUGAGUGGCGCAGGUCUGCUCGGUCUGCUCAUCGCUGGCGUCGCUCUGUAG